AUGCUGUGUAUCCUUUGUUUGGAAUUGGGAGGGCUCCCACUAAGACUUGCAGGGGUGUGGGUGCGUUGCGGCUGGUGCCGCAGUCUUGGAAGCGUUGUUUAUCAUUUUUCUUCGCUAGACUAGAUGUGUGUUUGGUUGUAUCGGUUCCCGGUAACGGUGGGCGGUCCAGCCAAUUUCACCUCCCCAUAAGAACAUCACCCCCAACCGCUUCAUUUCAUUGUCUCCAUUUCUGAGAAGUAAUCUCACCGAUCGUCGUCUUCUUCGUUCUUCCGCCAUCCGAUUCGUCGCCCACCGGCUCCAGCUACCGAUCAAGCUUCACAGGCCCAAACUUUGAGGAUCCCUUCCCUGCUUUGUGUCGCAUGUUUAUCUCACACAGAAUUUGGCACUUUUGGUCAAUUGGACUACCGAAGCACGGUUUUGAUCCUGAAAUCUGGUGUUCUCUUCAAGGUUCAUUAGCAUGAUGGCUUCUGUUUUGAAGUGUUAUAGGUCGGCCUUUUUAUUGGGAGAGCAAACUAUAGGAACGUGCAAUGCUGAGAUGACGUGUGACUGUUGACCAUUCUUUGAGUUGACAUGGAUUUCAAAAAUUUUUAUAAUCAACUUUUGGUCUCCAUGUCUUGGUAUUAUUGGAAGUUCUAUCAACUUCUGCUGCAGUGAGUAGGAGUCCUGAAGUGAGUUGUGAUUAUGCAUCUACUGCUUCUAUAGCUUGUGCUGUGGGGAUGGAAUUGCAGGAUGGUGUGCUGACUAGCAUGUGGCUAUUACUUAUCACAUGCCAUUUUGGGGAGUUUAUGUAGAGGAGCUGAGUAAACAUUGUGAGGCUGCCUUAUGCUGAAUACACUGGGUCUCUCUAUGAUGGUAUUAGACGCAUUGUUGUGAUUGCAUUGUGUGCUGGGUGAUGCUUUAAUGAGUAUCAAAUGUGGAUUUGGUGCCACAAAUUCUGUUCAGAAAGUGUUAGGUGGAUGUAAUCUUACUCAUAUGGUGCUUGGAUACCAACUAGAGUAAGGGAAGAAUCAUAAUUAACAAAACCAAGGUAUUGACGUUUAUUUGAGUGAAAUGGAAGGUUUGUUAUCUUCAGCAUGUGUGAUUUUUCAGGAUGUAGGUGGGAAUUCUUUGUUACAUGUUGGGAUAAUCUAUCCAGUCCAAAUGCUAUAAUUAAUGGACCCUAUUGACAACAGGUCUUAUUGAUUUUUAAAUGUUAGGUAAGAUACUAACUACUCUUCUGGAGUAUUUUUGUAGCAUGAUAUGAUAUGAAUGUAUAGUUUCUGGAGUUGUUAGGAUGCCUCAUCAUGAACAAACUUCUCUCCUGAUAGAGUUUUAUGAUUACUUGUGUUGUUUGAAGCUAGUGCCUGCUUGAAGGUUUCUUUUUGAUUCAUUUAUGGGUUAAGAGAAUCUCUCUAUUUGUAUUAUCAAGCGCAAGGAUUAGUAAUCCUAUCAAUUUAUUUUCAUAAGAAGCUUCCUAGCUUUUAAAGCAUCACAUAAAACACCUCCUAUUUCUGGGGGAGGAUUUCCUAAGUGUAGAAAGUGGAUGUAGUUUUGAAUGAUUAAUAAGAAGCUUCUUAGCUUUUAAAGCAUCCCAUAAGACAACUCUUUCUAUUUUUGGAGGGUUUCCCAAGUGUAGAAAGGUGUGUGGUUUUGGAUGAUUUUCAGUGUAAACAGUUUGGGUAUUCUUGAUCUUUUGACUUAACAAUUGAUUAGUUGUUUUAUUGAAUUUUAAUGGAUGAGUGAUAUUUCUUUCAAUUUUUUGGUUAUCAUUUUGGUUUAUUUUAUAUGUUUCUCAGAGGCUAUCUUGGUGUGAGCGCUUUGUGCGCUUCCAGUAUACUUUGUGUGUGCUUGGGUUGCACCCUGAAUUUUUUGCUAGGCAUCUUCUAAUACGAUCUGUUUAUUUGCCUAUCAUUUAUUUUUUCCUUUUGAAAGGCUAUCGAGAGAGCAUCUUAAAAAUGCUAAGAGAGGGGCACAAUCUUGGUUUUUAAGAAGAAUACAAGACUACCCAAAUAAAGCAAACAAUGGAGAGCCUUCCAAUCCGCCUAACUCUAUCAAUAAAAUUUAACGAACACAAAUUACCUUUCCUCAAAGAAUCCAUAGACUAAGAGAAUAAAAUUAAAAAUGGCAAACUGCCCUUCUCCAAAUAAUCCGUUGGCUGGGAGAACAAGGACAUCAGAACAUUUUUGACUUUUAACUCUGUUACUUGUGUCCCUUCCUACACCAAAAUACAUGUAGUGACAUUGUUUUCUGUAUUUUCCUUUUUCCCUUAUUUACAGAGCCACAAUGUUGGCUAUAUCAUCUCCUUCAUUGAGACAUCUAAGAAAUAGUUGAGACAAAAAGCACCAAAGCCUAGAGGCUUCUAACCAUCACACAAUGAAUGAGGAUAUAGUUAAUUCCUCUCCCUGCCUUCAGAAACAAGAUCCCCUUCAUCAGAUGAUCUACAAGGAUCUUUGCCUAAGGAGCUUCUUGAACAAAGAAGUUGAAAAAUGAAAAAUAAAAGCAGGGGGUGGGGGGUUGGGUUGGUUGUUAUUGGUAGACCUUCACACAACUAAUGCCAGAAAGGAAAUCUGGGUCUGAAGGAAGCUCAUUAUUGAAAAAAUUGACUAAAAAUAACCCUUGUUAGAGAUCUUCGAAAGAAGAGCUUCCUCCAUGUCUUCUCUUUUCACAUGGCAAUUAAAGCAAGCCAAUAUCUCUGCUAACUCCAACUCCCAGUCUGAAAAUUCCUGAUACAUCACAAUUUCCACUAACCCGUCAGGUCACAUGACACUAAUAAUUUGCAACUGAAGCCUUUUUAUUCACUACUAAGAUGAAGAUCUCCUGGAGACCAUCCAUGAGAGGGCUCUCCCCAUGGUGAACAUUGUUUCAAAGUAUAGUUCUUAGCUCAUUCCCCAUUGAGAUACAAAUAAAACUGUGAAAAACAUCCUGAUAGCAUUCCAAGACCCAACAUCACCUUCUAUCUUCCCAAAUACAACUGCCACAACCUUUCUUCAUAACCUAUCUCCAUAUGCACUUGUAUAGCAAGGCUCUAACAAGAUCAUACUCCUAAUUCCUGAAUCACUAUCCUUUUAGGGAGCAAAUGACCAAAUUUUUUUCAUCUGUCCUCCCACCUUCCGACAUGAUAUCUCUUUUUAACUCUCUCUAUUCUGUUGUAAGGAAAGAAGGCAAACUAGAUAGUUUAACUCAAUAGGAUGCAUUAAUGAGAGUGACUCUACUCUUGGCGAGAUUUCUUUAGCCUUCUUUUGAAGCAUUGUGGCACCAAAUGCCAGACAACUUUAUACUUGUGGCCUAUAAAAAACUUCAAAAUGAAGGAGGAGCCUAUUUCCUCUCUCUUUGAUGUCGCUAGUUUCUUUUCACAUAUGGGAUACAGUAAAUACCAUCUCUUUCUUCAGUCAUAUUCCAUUUAUAGAUGUUUCUUUUUUAUACUAAAAAUUGAAAAAAAAAAAAGAUGGGAAAAAUUCUUUUACAAAUGAACAAUUCUGAGAAUUACCCUCCCUUACUACAAUUCUAAAGAACAAUAUGUUAAAUGAAUAAACAAAAGUACUUUACAAAAUAAUGGGACUGGCAAAAUGACAGCAAUUCGCUUUGGAUCAAGGUCCACAGUGUGGGUGUGUAUUUCAAUGUUUCUUGCUUAGCCAUAUGUAUAUCACUCACUAGAAGAUACUAGAUUUCCCCUCUACCUACUUAUGGAGUACAGUUAUACUAAAUUUCUUCCUUACCUCCUUGUGGAUCACCUUAUCCCAGAUUUCCUUGCUUUGAGGUUCCAAUCCAGUUGGUUAUUGUCCAAUCAUGGAUGGGAAUUUGUUAGAGCUAAUAUUACUGAUCUUUUUGUUGUGCAGUGGUGGAAACCAAUAGUUAUCUUGUGAGUAAGGUUUUGGGUAAUGUAGAGUUUAGAAGAGGGGGUAUAUAGUAAGUUAUUUGUUAGGCGUAAUUGUGACCUACAGAUGCUAAUGAUUAUUCAUAAUUUCAAAUAUAUGAAAUAAGAGUUCUUAGCUUACCUUAUUAUUGUGGGUAGUCAACACAAGUGAUUGAUGAAAUUCUAAAUAAAAUUCUUUGCAUAGCUUGUUGAAGCAGCAAUCUGUUUGAUUGACAUUGAACAUUUUUUUUUCUAAACUUAAAACUGGAGUGGAGUUGAUUAUUAUGGUAUAACAACAAAUGAUGUGGUCUCAACUCACUCAAUUUUUUAUACUGAGGACGAUAUGUGCAUAAUCAAAUAUGAAAACUCUUAGGAGGUUACUAGAAUGGUCUGUUUUAAGUAUCAUGAUGCAACUUCUCCCAAGGGAUAGUGAUUUAAAGUUAUGACUGUACAUAGGUUUUUUAUCCGUUCAAAGUUGAUUCAUACAUCAUGCAUCUCCUUGUGUGAAUACUUUGAUAACUUUGACAAAAAAAAAGUGUUUUUAGGUCUCUGCAGAUUGUACCUGUUUAUUGCCUAACUGGCUACUCAUACCAUCCAUCUCUGGGAGGGUAUCAUCUCCCUUCGUCCAUUACUUUUUCUUUCAUUCGUGCUAUGUCCAUCUUUUUAUUCAUUUUUUUUUUCCUGUUUGUAGAAAUUUAACAGUCAUGAAUUAUUAUGGUACAGUAUGUUGUCCUCGUUGUGUCAUUCAGAACUUGGUGGCUAGGGGGAUGGUUGACUAUGGUGUUGGAAAGACGGGUCUUUUUAUUUCCUAGAUUCACUGUUGAUUUGGUCCCAGGCACAAGCUCUUCAGUCCAAAAGUGACCGGAGUAUCAUUCCAGUUAUCCUUUUUACAGCUUUGGCUUUUGCUUCCAUUUUUUUCCACUCUGGUUUAGUAUGAGCUGUGUGAAUUUGCUAGGGCAUCACACCCGUUUUGUGUGAAUAUGUGUGCACCUCCUGUUUAUCCUACGUGUUUUGAGUUUCAUCUAGCAAAUACCUCUCUUUGUUUUUAUGUUAGUUUAUUUCUUAAAGUAAUUUAUUUAUUUAUUUAUUUUAUGUUUUUGUAGUUUUUUCUAAAUCAUCAAGACUGGACAUGAGAGUCAAAUUCUACAGUGUGAUAAAGGUGGACAGCAUUAUUUAGAGGUCUUGGGACUUAACUUGAGAAACACAGAAUCAUCUAUCAGACUACAAGUGUUUCUCAUAGCAAAGUAGAAUCAUCAAGCAAAAGAAUUGCCACCUUUUGUCCAUAGCAUAUGCCUUGUUUCCAUGAAUAUUCUGAAAACUUUUGGUCCGAAGUUUUAGUUCUAGUAGUUGCCCUACAAACUAAUAUCUUGUCUUUUAAAAUUCAUAACUCAUUUUGAAGUAAUCUAUUCACAUGAACACUAUUUUGCUUUAUUUUUAAGUAGUUUUGAUAAUAUCUUAUAUGUCACCUAUUAACAGCUUUAGGGGUAGUCAGGCCUGCUGCCUUGAUUUUUUCAUUUUGACACUCUCAUUGCCUGAAAAAUUCAAGUGUUUUAUCCCUGUAUGCAAAAAAUUUGUUCUUAUUGAUGUUACUCUUAUGAAGUUGGUUGAAACUUGAAACAUUCAGGAGGAGAGUAGGAGUGAGGAGCUGUCUUACAUCAUUGAUGUUCCUUUGCCAACAUCUCUUUUGACUGUUUGGUUGAUUAUUCUCCUCAUAUGCAGGGCAAAGGAAUUAACUGCAGUAGCUUAUCCUCAGAGAGAAUAAUCUAGUACAUGAUGUCUACAACCUUUCUUUCGUCUUUCCAUUUUAAUAAAAAAAUGGGAAAAAAGAAAAAUAAAAGCAAAGAAAAUAUUGAAGGUGGUAGCAAUUGAUUUACAAUUCCAUCCUAUAAAAGGUUGUGGUUUUCUUAAAGAAUCCAACUCCAGAACAUAAAUCAUUCUGCUUAGUGUAUCAUCCUUAUGGGGCAUAGACAUCUGUAUAACACAUCUCAAAUGUUUGAGGGUGACCACGAUCAGACAUGGAAUCAUAUGAAUGCUGAUCAGCCUUACUUGGCCAGGGCUGGUGUUGCAGAAAAUGUCUCUCUUAUUUAUCCUGUGGAAAAUAUGACGAUAGAUGGUGGACAUUAUUCUUCUCAUUGGAACCCCCCACCAAGGCCAAAUGUUUAUUCUUCCUCAGGUCACAAUGUUGAAGUGCCUCAUUAUCAACAAGACGCUCUUGGCCCGUCCCGUGAUCCUUUUCUACAUCUGCCUGCUGCUGGAACAUUCCCUAUGGGCCCAGAAAAUUAUGCUCACCAUGCAUCCUCUUCCAAUUAUGAUAGGCAGACGUUCCAUGGGAUGGACAAUGGUUUUGUUGAUCUUACAAUGGGUAAUGGAAGAGGGCCAUACAAACGAAAAAGCCCUGGAAUCCCUUCUGUCUUUGAGAGAGGUAGCACAAGCAGAUUUUACAGUGCUGGAAGUUCCUCGGAUCUCUCUGUAUCUGCUGACUUGCGGCAGGAGAAGCCAAAUGCAGAUUCUCAAAAUAUGCCAUGGGAUCACAUCAACAUGAGCCCUGGUUAUAGAGGCAGUGGCCUCUCAAUUGGGGGUGAGGGUUCUCUCAGGAAUGUAAGAAGCCGGUCUGCACUUGACUUGGAAUCCAACCUAGCUAGGACACAUUUAUCAGGCAAUCCUUCACGUCAUUCAUAUUCAGCUAGCCAUCCCAUGGAUUAUUCUAGUUCAGUGGAUCUCUCCAGUCAGAGUUCUAAUUCUUCAUCACGGGAGUGGAACCAUAUCUUGUCUCCUGCACAUGGAAGAACUCCAGUUUCGGACACCAGUGGUUUAAGUCAUGAAACAAAUCACUUCCCUUUAGGUAGCUGUACUACUAAUGCUCCUGUGGAGUUUGGGGGAUACAAUCAUGAUUUCAUUCCGAGCAGAAACCCUAUUGUUCCUCAAAGUUUGCAUGGUACCUCGAAUCAAUCUGUGAGGGGAGUUCGAACCAGUUAUUCCCAACGAUCUACCCCAACGUCCCGGGCUUCUUCAAGCAACUCACGCCUGGGACAUCCAACUACUGAUGAGGGUUUGCAAUUGGUAGCUGAAAAUUAUUCCUCCAGACAUUCGAGGCCAUUUUCUACUGUAGGGUGGCGUAACAGUGAUAGGAAUGGAAGAUCAAGGAUAUCAAAUGAGAGAUUCCGAUCACUCUCUGAUGAGGCAGGUGUCCGUGAGCGACUGGCAUCUGAGGGACUAAUGAUUGUGGAUCGCUCAGCCUUGUAUGGGUCAAGAAAUUUGUUUGAUCAGCACAGAGAGAUGAGACUGGAUGUAGACAAUAUGAGCUAUGAGGAACUGCUUGCGCUAGGGGAAAGGAUUGGGAAUGUCAACACAGGCUUGUCUGAAGAUAUGAUGUCAAAGUGCUUGACCGAAACAAUAUAUUGUUCAUCUGAUCAACUCCAGGAGGAAGGGGCAUGUGUAAUCUGUCUGGAUGAGUACAAGAACAUGGAUGAUGUUGGGACACUGAGCGCAUGCCGCCAUGAUUACCAUGUGGACUGCAUCAAGAAAUGGUUAUUGAUGAAGAACUCAUGCCCAAUUUGCAAAGCUCCUGCUCUGCCUGACCAUAUGAAGGGAAUAUAACUUAUUUGCUGAUGGCUUAAUUUUAUUUCAUUCCUGUAAAUAUAUUUGGAGACAUUCCUCCAAGGAAGGAACAAGCAUGCUUUUAGGGAAUUUGUAAAGGGAAUGCUGCUUAAUCUUAAUCCAUUCAUUUCAUGCUUCCAUCUCAA